CCUUCCUCGUGGGAACAUCACCAGGUCCUUUUGCAGGUUGCAGGUCAAAAUGCCUUCCUCACUGCUGAAAAAGACAAACUUUCCAGCCUUAUACAAUUACUCCCUACCAUGCUGCUGUAGCACGACAUCGCCGUCGUCGCCCCGCAAAAAGUUAAAGCCCGAUCCGAUAGAUCCACGAUUCAAGUCCACAGCGAAAAGGACCUACGCUGAUGUCAAACAUGGCUACGAGUUUCGCGAUAACAUGAACUGGCCGUGCCGGAAAAGCUCACCAUGGACACCCUCGCCGUACGAGAUCUUCGACAUUGAAAAAAAAGCAGUAUAUACGAAGCACAAGUUCUAUGAGUUGGUGAAGAUAUACCAUCCCGACAGGAGCGGGCAUGCAUUCUUGGAGAGUAUCACGCAUCAUGAAAGGAUAGAAAGAUACAGACUCGUUGUGCAAGCGCAUGAGAUAUUAUCGGACCCAGUCAAGAGACGAGCGUACGAUGCAUCUGGCGCAGGAUGGGGAUCCGGUCGGAGCGCCACCCGGCAUUCGCGAGGCUUCACGAAUGCGCACGGCCAAAGGUAUGGCUACGGACCUGAUGACGACUCGUCGAUAUUCCAAAACGCGACAUGGGAGGAUUGGGAGCGCUGGUACCGGCGGCACGACAACCCUAAAAAGCAGGAAUAUUCGGGGACAUUUGUCCAUCCCAACUCAUUUGCGUCGUUCAUUAUAUUGUUGGCCGUGAUUUCAGGCGUUUUCCAGGCAACAAGAGCCGGCCAGUACUCUGGUCGUUUGGAGGAAAAGGUCAAAGAAAUGACGGCCGAAACGAGGAGUUUCCUGGACACAAGGGAAAACCAUUACCAGCAAAAUCAAAUUGGCAUGGAAGGACGAAUCAAGCAUUUCUUGGAGAAGCGAGAUCCUUCCAAGUACGGGCUGAAGGACGAAGAAGGAGAGGCAUAUCGAAAACACUUCUCAAACUCAGGGGUGAUGCAGCCUAUGCCUCGCCUGGAUGAACCUGAUGCAGGGUAACACGGUUGGGCCAGAAACACAGUGGCGCAUAUUCUGGAAAUAUACAUAAGGUAUUCUUAGCCCAUCUGUUCGGGCGACGCUCUCAUUGACGUGAUGAUCAUGAUUAUUGUACAGUAACGCCAGCUUUUAAAUCCCAUGGUUGACUUGGACUCAGUGAUGCCAACUUGGUCGCGACCGGCUCUCAUGACGACAUCUUGCCCUUGACUUCUUCUGCUUUGCCCUUUGCCUGGCCUGUGAGCUCGUGGGCCUUUCCUUUGGCUUCACCGGCGACUUCUGCGGCCUUGCCCUCGGCUUUGUUGGUCUCCAUGCCUGCGACUGAGGCAGCUUUGUCUUUGAUCUCGACUGGCGACUGGGUUAGCGGGGUCGAGCUUGGCCCGAGAAAGACGUAUACAUACCUCCUUUGUCGAUGCCGGCAACAGCAGCAUCAGAGACAGCUCGGUCGACCUUUUUCAGACCUUCUUUGGCAGCAUCGACCGGGCUUUUCUGCUGGACGAGGGUGGUGGAGAACAGGCGAGGUGAUUGUCGAAGAGCAGAGGAUCGGACUGCGGCGCGAAGAGCAGGUGUUGUUGAGUAGAGGAAAGACAUUUUGCUUAGGUUUUGGAUGGUAUUUUCGGAUGAGGGACUCGUGAGGUCUUUUGAUUCGAUGGGUCUUGUUCGAGUAAAGCCUGCGGUGUGCAGGAAAUGAAGUGAAGUCAGGAUGAAGCAAAUGGCGCUUUUUGAGGCUCCCUCCUCACAUCGACGUCACUGCUGCAACUGUUUGUAUGGAACCCAAAGAGACCCACAGAAACCCCCACACGGACGCCAAUGACUCGCCCGGCAGAUUUUUCCG